GCUCCGUACAUGUCAGUGAAGAAGAAAAGUCUCGAGCUGAGUAGGGAAACAGAAACAUAACGCAACGUAAGGCAAGCGAGGCGCACGUCAUGAGAUACUGCCUAACCGAAAAGAGUUGUUUAUGAUGCGCUGAGGUCCUGCCCGCCUCUGAGGUGCCCGCUUCCUCCACCACCUCCACGAUGCACCCCGACAUGGCCACCGGCCUCUCCAUGAUGCCCCCCUCCUCCGGCCUGUGGGAGAACGGCUCCUCCUCCCUCCUCCUCCUGGGGAACGACGACGACGACGACUCCUCCCCCCGCCUGCUCCUGAACGACUCCUCGGGGAACUGGACGCUGGCGGGGGCCGGGGCGCCCGACGUGGGGCCUGGCGGUCUGGCGGGCGUGCUCAUCCCGCUGAUCUACGCGGCGGUGUGCGUGGUGGGCCUGGGCGGCAACACGCUGGUCAUCCACAUCGUGCUGCACUACUCGCGGCCCGAGUCCAUCACCAACAUCUACAUCCUGAACCUGGCCAUUGCCGACGAGCUCUUCAUGCUGGGCCUGCCCUUCCUGGCCGUCCAGAACGCCCUCCUCUCCUGGCCGUUCGGCUCGCUCAUGUGCCGCCUGGUCAUGACGGUGGACGCCAUCAACCAGUUCACCAGCAUCUUCUGCCUGACGGUGAUGAGCAUCGACCGCUACCUGGCGGUGGUGCACCCCAUCCGCUCGGCCAAGUGGCGGCGGCCGAACGUGGCCAAGGCGGUCAACGCCACCGUCUGGGCCGUGUCCAUGGUGACGGUGCUGCCGGUGGUGGUGUACGCCGACGUGCUGCCCGAGGACGGCAACUGCCACAUCGUGUGGCCCGAGCCCGCCGAGGUGUGGAAGGCCUCGUUCAUCGUCUACACGUCCGCCGUGGGCUUCUUCGGGCCCCUGCUGGUCAUCUGCCUGUGCUACCUGCUCAUCGUGGUCAAGGUGCGGAGCGCAGGGCGCAAGGCGCGGGCGGCCUCGGUGCGGCGGCGCAAGUCGGAGCGCAAGAUCACGCGCAUGGUGGUGGUGGUGGUGGCGGUGUUCGUGCUGUGCUGGCUGCCCUUCUACGUGCUCAACGUGGUCAACCUGCUGGUGCUGCUGCCGCCCGAGCUGCGCGGCCUCUACUACUUCGUGGUGGUGCUCUCCUACGCCAACUCCUGCGCCAACCCCAUCCUCUACGGCUUCCUGUCCGACAGCUUCAAGCGGGGCUUCCGCAAGGCCCUGUGCCGCUCCUCGCGCCGCGUGGAGAGCCAGAGGGCGGGUGGCGGCGGUGGACGAGGAAGAGGAGGAGGAGGAGGAGGAGGAGUUGGAACGGCCGGUCAGACGGGCGGCGAGCAGGCCACCGCGGGGGACAGGCACCUGCCGGCCGAGGAGAGGGCCAGGAGGGAGCUGGACACCGCCAACAGCCUGAGGGCCACUAACGGGAACGGGAAAGGGUCGGCGGAGGGACCCAGGGGACGCUUGGCGCAGACGGGGAGGCUGGAGGGAGGGGCCGCCCCGGGUCACGAGACCAAUAACGCCGAUCUGACCGCCGGGGGAGUCCCUGGCUCGGGGCCUACGGUGGUCAUUCCCCUGGUGGUCAACGGAGUGCGGAGGGCCAACGUCAGACCCCUCCCCGACGUCUCCGUGGAGAACAGCUCAGUGCUGGAGAUCAGUUACCUGUAACAAGUCACCUGACUAUGAGCUCCGAUUUACACCUGACUGUAAGCCCAGGUGUCCAUUAGCCAGGUACACAGGCUGUGACUUUCAGCUGAAACCCUCAGGUCCAUGUCAACAUGAAUAAU